AAAGGGUGGUCAGUGGGUCAGCCCGAGCCGCGUGACCUGAGGGCGUGGACCCCGAACGCACCAGGAAACCGCUACCCGAGAUCUGAUUUUCUCUCACCCCGUUCUGUGCUCUCCUCUGGGUUUUCAAAACCCGCACAUCCAGGGAGAGGGAAUUGGAGAUACGAGCUUCGGCCCCGAGGUUGGGCCGACGCCCUAUGCGGCGACGAACGGCGUGGACCUGAGAGCGUUCGGUGGCCCCCAGCCGCCUGCGGACCCUUCCGUCUCGUCAUGGCGAGAUUAUGGGUCGGCCUGGCAGGCGCUGGCUUCUUUCUUGCAUUACUGGUUUUGCAUUCGCGUUUUUGUGGCUCACCGGUGAGUUGAGCAGUGAAGACGUGUCUGUCCGGUGUGUGGACGGCACCGUUGAGAGGCGACGCCGCUGUUGUGGGGUGGAGGUGGCGGGCCCUGGCUCCCGCACUGGCUUGUCUCAAAACCCCCACCCGGGCCGAACUGCCGACGUCCUGCUUUGUCUCUUCGGGUUUAAAAGUUUGUAUAUGAUGCAUCGCCGUUUCUCUGUGUUCUUUCUUUCCCCAGACCCCACUACGUCUCCAAAUAAUUUGCAGGUUUUAAGGAAAUUUGCUUUUCAAGUUUCCUGGACGACCAAGGAAAUUCUUUACCGGCUGGAUGUGGGAUGGCCUAAUCGUCCAGAAUACUUUACUGGAACAACAUUUUGUGUUGCAAUUGACUCCCUCAGCGGAUUGGUUUACGUAGCCCAGAGAGGGGAUAACAUCCCAAAGGUAUUAGUGUUCACAGAGGAUGGAUAUUUCCUACGAUCCUGGAAUUAUACAGUUGACACACCUCAUGGUAUAUUUGCAGCCAGUACACUACAUGAACAGUCUGUCUGGAUCACGGAUGUAGGAAGUGGAUCCUAUGGUCAUACUAUUAAAAAAUACAAUUCCUUUGGUGAUCUUGUUCAAGUGUUGGGUACCCCAGGCAAGAAAGGCACUGGUUUGACUCCCCUACAGUUUGAUAACCCCGCAGAAUUGUAUGUAGACGACACAGGAGAUAUUUACAUCGUGGAUGGAGAUGGAGGAUUGAAUAAUAGAUUGAUCAAAUUGUCCCAAGAUUUUAUGAUACUUUGGCUGCAUGGAGAACGGGGGACAGGGCCUGCCAAGUUCAACAUACCACACAGCGUUACAGUUGAUUCGGCUGGUCGGGUAUGGGUUGCUGACCGAGGAAAUAAAAGAAUUCAAGUGUUUGAUAAAGACACUGGGGAGUGGUUAGGAGCAUGGAAUAAUUGUUUCACAGAAGAGGGACCUUCUUCAGUCAGAUUUACUCCUGACGGGAAGUACGUGAUCGUAGCCCAGCUGAAUCUCAGCAGGGUCUUACUGGUGGCCGCACCCCCAGUGGGAAGCAUUGGCAACUGUUCCGUGAUCAACACAAUCCAACUAGCAGACCAGGUUUUACCUCAUCUCUUAGAUGUCAGCGGGAAGACUGGAGCAGUCUAUGUAGCAGAAAUCGGAGCAAAGCAAGUGCAAAAAUAUGUCCCAGUGGAGGGCUAUUUUCCUUCGUUCACACAUUCAUAAUGUUUCUUUUCCCGGAGAUGUUUCAAGUGGAAGUUCAGAUUCUCAAAUUCAUUGUCAUGUCCUUACAAAUAACGUUCAGGCACCAGUAUUUGCUUCUUCAUUUUCCCAUGAUCUAGUGAUGAGAAGAAUUUGUUCUUAUAUCCUUCAGAACCAUAUGUUUUGUUGCUGUUCUCAUGACUUAGUUUUACUUGUAAGUGCAUAAGGCUAUUUUAACGAAGGAAAUGUAAUUCUAAAAAAUGGGAUCUGAAAGAGGGACUAAGACCAUAAGGUAGGUAUUUGCCCAGGUAGACUAAUCCUCCCUGGGAGGAAGAGGGAAAGGAAUAAAAACGGGUUUUGCAGGAUAUAUUGAACUAAAUGUGAAGGACUACAAACCUCCAGUUUGUUCACCUUAUAUAAAAUGUACGUUUUGAGCGAUUAAGUCAGAUGGGCUCUUGAUCAAUGAGUACCCACAGGAUGCUAGCUCCUAAAGAUUCAGAGAGGAAGAAUCAGGACUUACCUGUGUGAGCCUGCUCAGUAGCAUCUAGUCCAGUGGGAGACAAGUGUGCAAACUGAUACAAGCGUGUCAGCAGGCCUUAAGCGUGUCUUGUAGGAACAUUACAUCUGACUGAGAGAAUCCUGGAGAUUUUGCAGGGUAAGUCCAUUCGAGCUCCCAACUUGAGAAACCAAAGAGGGGAAAACAAGGUGGUCCAAAUGGACAAGCUGUAAAAA